ACAGGAAUGAAGAUAUUCCAUUUAUCAGCUAGCACAUGAAACUAUUGGUACAGUUUGAGAUAAUUCUGCCAAGUGUUAAGAGCUGUAGAGUUUCAGUUUAGAGGUUUUUACCUCAUCAAAGUUGGCUGCUCACGCACUUUAGUUUGUUUACCAAACUGUCGUCAAAAUAGAGUAUGAUUCAGAAGAAGACUGCAAUGCAACGAAAUAGAAGGUCAGUAAGAAGACAAUAGACGAAAUCGAUAGUGGUCAGACGACACAGUUUUGGGAGUAAGCUUCUUCCUUCUGGCCUCCAGUGCGUAAACGAUAAGCUUCAUCCGGAUCCGGCGUUAUUACGGCACAUUUGCUCUCAGCACAGUACGGUCCGUAGCCGAGCACACAUAGAACGGCCCACAAUUCGCUGGGUUCUGCGGCGUAGUUGAUGAGUACUAUCAAAUAUUGGCUUCUGGUUGCGUUCCGGCUGUUUACGCAUUUUUUCAUUUGACAAUUUAACCGCAUCGGGCAGCUAACGUUAGCUAGUGCUACGACCGCAACCAGCGGUACUAGCUUCUCGCGGACAGCAUCGCCCAUUGGGAGCUGUAACUAUUCUCUUGCUUCGAAUCUCACCGAGGUGGUUGUGUGUGAAUCGCAGCAAUCAGUGCAGGCGCAUCUUCUUCAACAACAAAAUAGUAACGCUAUCAAGAAUCUGGGCAUUGUCGUUGCCUGCGAAAGAGGUAGUAGCUUGAACAGCGGCACGAUGUUGGACCUGGAUCGUAAUCCGCUACCGGAUCAGCUCGGCUAUUUGGUCCUGUCAGAGGACGGGUCAGUACAUGCAUCUGGAGGCGAGCUGGAAAACGACGAGCGCAGUGCAAAUAUCAUAAGCAAUCUUCUUACGCUCACCGAAAGUGUCGAUCCAGCCAUAUUUAAUGCACGUUCUUGCAGAAAAGUUUCGAUCGUUUUCGCUGACCAUAGUUUCACUAUAUGCCUUUCGAACAAACGCAUUUACGUCGUAAAGAAACGAAAUCGCACGGACGCAAGCGCCAACAGCGGCAUCGAGUCGGAUAAUCAUUCAAUAUUGGCUUGAUUUUACGCGCGUCUUUCGGAAUAAAAUAAAUAUUUGAACGCUUUUGAGGAAGGUUUUACUUUCUAACCACGA